CUACAGUUAUCCGUAUCAGUACUGCAAGCAGAAGAACUUCCCGGUCUCGACAUGUCUGGGACGAGUGAUCCUUAUGUUAAGGUUCCGUACGCAGAGAUAACUACAAAAACCCUUAUACCGUUAAAUCAAAUAGACCUUGCACAAACUAUUGAGGAAUGGAGAGACUUGACUAGUGUGGAAGGGGAGCAAGGACAGUAUAAAUCCAUUUCUAACGACUAUAUCCUAAAACACCGACUCAUUUUGCCUAAAGUUUGA